AUGCCCCGCUCCACUGCUCACGAGUCGGCUAGCGUGGGGGGCGCGAAGCCGGCUAAUCCGCUCCCUCCCUCUCGCGCCUCCUCCUCCCCGACUGCUCCGCUUGAAGUUCCCGCCGCACACACCUACGAUGCUUCCGGUCAUGGCGAUUCUUCAUCGGAACUCUCGGACGACUCGGAGGACGACCUGGUCAACAAGGAGGCUGGAGAAGGGGACAAACACUCGCGCUUGCAAGGCGCUUCGACUGGUCGGCGCCAGAAGGGCGAGCAAAUCAUGCGGAGCGUAGGGAAGGGAUUGCUGAACAAGGUGACGCUGCAUGGGUUGCACUCGGACGAGGCUUCGGCGGACGCAGAGAAGGCGCACCUCACCGACCUCGAAGCCCAGGCCGCCACGCACCGCAGGAAGCGCGGAUCCUGGUGGACGCCUCUCCCGACGGCGCACAAAGUCCUCAUCGUCUGCUCCAUCGCCCUCUGCAUCAUCCUCGCGACAAUUGGCAUCGUUGUUGGCGUGGUCGUUGCGAGGCAUACGGCGGAGAGGAGCGAAGUCGAGAAGGCGGAUCCAGGAAGUCGGCUGAAGGCGGACGAGCAGUGGAUUGCGACGCAGGGCUCGCAGGCGCAAGAUGAGCUUGCCGUCGACGACACUCACGGCAUCGCAUCCGGCAACGCUGCGCCGGGCGCGUCGCACUACGUUGGCGAGCCGCUCCAGCCUCUCGCCUUGCCUGUCGGAACGUCGGACGCGAAGGCUUCGACCAGCCAGCCACCCGCCCUCUACUCGCGAUUCCCCGAGCUGCAAGCCCUGCUCAACAACAACCAUGACUGGCAAGGGAACGUCACAAAGGCUGCGCCUCAGUUCCUCCCCACUCUCGCGCAAGGACAGCAUCCGAAGUUCGCGUACCUCGGCUGCGCUGACUCGCGCGUACCCGAAAGCGUCCUCGCUCAGAAGCCUGGCGAGAUCUUCGUUACGCGAAACGUCGGCAACGAAUACCUCGUCGACGACUUGAGCAGCGAGACGGUCAUGUCGUACGCGAUCAGUCAUCUCGGCCACACAAAGUGUGGCGCUGUACGUGCGGCGAUCGCCAGUCCGAGCAAGGAGGUUAUCACGAACAUGGAUGAGACUCGCAUCGACCAAUGGAUCCGCCCAAUUCGCUCGCUCUUCGCUACGACAAAUAGGACUGAAGUCGUUUCUUUCCGUGAGGCGCAUCACAACGCCGAGACACUCGAGGCAGACGACGUGACGGACGAGGUCUGGAGAGCGAUGGUCGAGGAGAACGUCAAGAUCAACGUCCAGCGACUCGCGCAGGACUCGUCCGUUCAACACGCUUGGUACCUCUACAGGCAGCAGAUGUCUACACAAGCUGCUGAACAGCCUGCCGUGCCGACUCGUCGCUCGGAGGACAAGAAGCAGGCGGAACUUUGGAUUCACGGCUGGAUCUACGACGUCGAGACCGGACUCGUCGAAGACCUCGGAGUUUCUGUUGGACCGGAUGGAUCGCUCGUGCAGCGCUAG